AUGGACUUGAAGUAUGAUGAAGAAUACAUUCAGGCUAGGAAUGACAGAGUGAAGUUCAAAAAUUUUAAACCUCAGCCAGAGCCCAUGAUGAAUGCUAUAGGUAGGAUGCCAAGCUUGGAAAGCAGUUUACCCCAAGAUACAAAUGAAGCAUAUGAAGAUACAAUUGAAGGAUACUGCAGUGACUAUGAUGAUUCAGAAGGUGAUGUGCACUCUAUUACUAGCAGUCAUGAGGACUUUGAUGUUUUUGAUGAGGGAAGAAGUGAUUGGAAGAAGAAAAAGAAUACCUUUUAUGAUCCUUUGUGCGAUGCUAAAGACUUACAGUUGCGAUUGGGUAUGCAAUUUGAACAUGCUCACCAAUGUCGAGAUGCAAUUGUGAGAUGGGCUAUAUUAAAUGGCCAUAAUAUCAAAACUGUCAGAAGUUGGAAGUGGCAACUUGAAAUGAAAUGUGUAGCUGAGUGCCCCUGGAAUUUGUAUGGGAGCAUCAUACAGGAAGAGCAGAAUUUUGUCAUCAAAAGAUACAAUGGCCAGCAUUUGUGCUCUCGAACCAUGGAGAAUAGACAAGCCACUUGUACUUGGAUAGCAAAAGAGUACAAAGACAGAUUCAGAAGAGAUCCUAACUGGGCACCAAAACAUUUGGAGCUAGAUUUGCUUGAAAAAUUCUGCCUUAAAGUUAGUAAAUGGAAAUGUUACAGAGCUAAGUGGGGAGCUUUAGACAUGUUGAGAGGUUCAGUUUUUGAACAUUAUGCUUGUUUAAGAAGUUAUAAAGCAGAGUUGAUGAGGGUUGACAGAGAAGGAAGAUUCGACUUUCUGGUUGGCGAUAACUUUGCAUUCAAAGGAUUUUUUAUAGGAUUCAGUGGAGUAAUAAAAGGGUUUCGAGAUGGAUGUCGACCGGUGAUUGGAUUUGACGGGUGCUUCUUGAAGACCUUUUUGGGUGGGGCUCUAUUGUGUGCUGUUGCAAAAGAUGGAAACAAUCAAAUGUUUCCAAUCUGUUGGGCAGUAGUGGAAAGUGAAAAUGAGUACUACUGGACAUGGUUUUUGCAGAUAUUAUUUGAGGAAUUAGGAAUUGUGGAUGGCGUUGGAUGGAGUUUCAUGAGCGAUCAACAAAAGGGAUUGAUCAACGCGAUAGCUAAUCUGACUCCACAUGCCGAGCACAGGAAUUGUGCUAGGCAUGUGUAUUGCAAUUGGAAGAAGGAAUUCAAGGGACAGACCUUGAAGAACAUGUUUUGGAGGGUAGCUAGGAGCACAUACGAAGCAGCUGCAAAAAUUAAUUUGGAUGCAAUGAUGGAAGAAAACGGGGCUGCUCAUGCAGACAUCAUUCGCCGGGAUCUAAAAAAAUUUUGUAAGUUAUACAUGAGCACCCGUCCUAAAAGUGACAUGAUUGACAAUAAUGUCUGCGAGACGUUCAAUGGAUAUAUUGUGAAAGCUAGGGCAAUGCAUAUCAUUGAGAUGCUAGAGGAGAUUAGGUGUGCAUUGAUGCGAAGAUUUCACACUAAGUUGACUGCAAUGAGUGGGGUUACAGAUUCAAUUUGCCCUAGGAUUAGACAGCGGCUUGAGGUUAUUAGGUAUACCAGCAGAUUGUGUACUAGUACGCCUUCAAAGGGAGAUAAGUUUCAGGUUGCAAUUGGUGAGGACCAAUUUAUAGUGGACUUGAAUAAUGGGUCAUGUACUUGUAAUCUUUGGCAACUGAGUGGAAUUCCUUGCAUCCAUGCUUGCUCAAGAAUUCAUUGGCUGAAAAAGGAUCCGGCUGAUUAUGUCGACGAAUAUUUCUCAGUGCAGAGAUAUAUUGAGGCAUACAAGUAUGGGAUUGAGCCAAUUAAUGGGAAAAAAAUGUGGCAUGUGGCUGAGGGAAACUCUAUAUUACCCCCUGAGUAUAAGAAGAUGCCAGGGAGGCCGAAACAGAAGCGAAAAGAGGAGCCGAUGAAGAAGCUAGUCAUCAAAAUAAACUUUUAA